CUAAUACGCGUGGCCACGUUGUCUCCGGUUUUCUUUAGCUUUAAAAGCUUUAAAAGCGUGCAUUUUCCGUGCUGUCGCCAAUCUACCGAUAGAAGAAGGAGAGCAUGGAAAAGUAUGAAGAAUUCAAGACGUGGAGGGUACCGGCUCUGCAGGAGUUCCUGAGAGCUAGGGGCUGGAAAACGUCUGGGAACAAGGAGGUGCUGGUGGCAAGGGCCUUCAGUGCGUGGGAGAACGACAUCCCACUCCAGCCAUCAGCAGCUGAGCUUGCUACAACUGCUCGUAGGGAGUAUGCCCAGCUGGUAGCUGGGCUGCCAGAUCCUCUCAAGUUCGACGACGAAGCCUGGACACCUGAGAGAGAAGGCAUGGAGGGCUGGCCGAAUGUCAUGUACCAUGACAUUUGUGACUACUUAAUGAAAGACCACCCAGGUAAGGACCAAGACCUGAACAACAGGCUCCUGAAUGCCUACAAGGAAGGCAAGGCCUUCACCUACUACUCCAGUGGCUGGCUACAGGAGGUGUUCACGUGUAAGCGAGAUGGCUACAUCUACCUGCAAGCGAAGUGUAGGCCAUCGGCACGAAUCAGUGACACCCCUCAUAAGGCAUGGGUGUGCUGUCAUCCAACAGGCACGAUCAACCGAGCCUACUGCUCCUGUACUGCUGGGAUGGGGCAGACCUGCAACCACAUUGCUGCGCUGCUGUUCAAGGUGGAGGCAGCAGUCCGGACCAACCUGGUCAACCCAGCCUGUACCUCAACUGCCUGCCAGUGGAACACUGCCCCGGGGAAGACCAUCCAGCCCAGAAGGGUGAAGGACAUGACAUUCAAAAAUGACAAGUUUUGCAAGACUGUUGAUCUGUGUCAAGUGCUUUCUUCCGUGCGACAACCGAUGCAACAUCUAAGAUUCCCGACAAGCGGCUUCAAGACAGAAGAGACUGUUCCAGCCAGUAGGGGAGAAGCGUCCAGUGUCUGAUGACAUCAAAAGAGACAACCUGGCCAAGGUUCUGCGAAAGGCAGUGCCAGAGGCUGCGUUCUUCA